AUGGGACAGCAGCAGCAGUCACAGCAGCAGGGGUUUGGGGUGACGAUGAUGACGAUGAUGAUGAAGAUGAUGGAGGAGGAGGUGGUGGUGGUGGUUACCGUGAGGAGGCGCGAGGAGCUCCGUCAGCAGCAUGUCUCUGUCCUCCUGCAGACUCAGGACGCAGGGCGAGGACACUUCAUGCUUCCUUCUGCUCUUCCUUCAGGAGACAAAAGCUGCAGCAGCGAUCCCAGGCUUUAUAACCAAGCGCAGCAGCCAAUCAGAGAGCGGGCCAGAGGGGUUGGACCAAUCGGGGGCCGGAGAGAGCAGAGGGGGCGGGGCCAACCCGCAGACCCAGUGACGAUGGAGGCCUCAGCCCCUGUCCUCGGGAAGGGCAAGACUAAGGGAACAGCUAGCAUCACAGCUAACGGCAUCACAGCUAACGGCAUCACAGCUAACGGCAUCACAGCUAACGACAUCACAGCUAACGACAUCACAGCUAACGGCAUCGCUAAUGGCACUGCUAAUGGAACAGCUAACACCUCCACUAACGCUAAAGGCUUAGCCAAUGGCCCAGCUAAUGGCCCAUCUAGCAUCACAGCUAAUGGAACCCCUAACAUCACGGCUAACGGCCCCACUAGCAUCACAGCUAAAGGAACCGCUAACAUAACGGCUAACGGCACAGCGCACAGUGAGACCAACGGCGUGACGAACGGAUCUGUGGACGGGGCGGGGCCAGAGGGGGCAAGGGCAGAGGGGGCGGAGUCAGGGGAGUGUGAUGAUGGCUCCGCCCCCGCCCCGCCCCUCCAGGCUCAGUACAAGAUGAUCCAUCAGGCGUUUAUCGAUAAAUGGAAACAGACGGACGACUCCAUGUGUCGCCACAGCAUGAGCUUCCACCUGCACCACGCGCUGCAGAAGGACUUCUUCGCCAGUUACCUGUACCUGCUGGAGAAGACCCCCCUGGUGAAGCUGUUCCCUGUGACCUGUGAGUACAUCAAAGGAGAGAAGCAGUUUUAUCAUCGCGCUCACACUUUCUACGAAGACGUGGAGCCGUCAGAGGAAGGAAUGCUCGGGGACUUCGUGGAGAUCUCUGAGGUCGACCUCGAGCAGUCCAGAAGGUUCCUGAGCCACCUCAUCGGUCCCGGUAAAGCCGGUACGUCCCGCGCUCUGGACUGUGGUGCAGGCAUUGGACGCGUCUCAAAAGGGGUCCUGUUCCCGGUGUUCGAGGUGGUAGAGCUGGCGGACAUGAUGGAGCACUUCCUCCUCCACGCUCAUGAGGAAUACCUGGGGGACUACGCAGACCGAGUGGAGACCUACUUCUGCUACAGUCUGCAGGACUUCACACCGACCAAAGACAAGUAUGACGUCAUCUGGAUGCAGUGGGUCGCAUUUGUAGGUCACAUGACGGACCGGGACCUGGCUAACUUCCUGACUAACGUCCUGGUUCUGGUUGUAGGUCACCUGACAGACCUUGCUAACUUCCUGGUUCUGGUUGUAGGUCACCUGACAGACCUUGAUAACUUCCUGGUUCUGGUUGUAGGUCACCUGACGGACCGGGACCUGGCUAACUUCCUGGUGAAGUGCAAGCGCGCGCUGAGGCCGAACGGCGUGAUCGUGCUGAAGGACAACAUGGCGCGUCAAGGCUGUAAACUGGACCCGGUGGAUUCCAGCAUCAGCCGCCACCUGGACGUGAUCCGGCACAUCGUGAAGCACGCCGGCCUCAGCGUGGUGGCGCUGGAGCGACAGGAGGGCUUCCCCGAGGUCAUCAUGCCUGUGUGGAUGCUGGCGCUACGCCUGGAGGCCGAGCACCAGGAGGCCGAGCACCAGGAGGCCGAGCACCAGGAGGCCGAGCACCAGGAGGUCGAGCACCAGGAGGCCGAGCACCAGGAGGCAGAGCACCAGGAGGCCGAGCACCAGGAGGCCGAGCACCAGGAGGCCGAGCACCAGGAGGCCGAGCACCAGGAGGCCGAGCACCAGGAGGCCGAGCACCAGGAGGCCGAGCACCAGGAGGCCGAGCACCAGGAGGCAGAGCACCAGGAGGCCGAGCACCAGGAGGCCGAGCACCAGGAGGCCGAGCACCAGGAGGCAGAGCACCAGGAGGCCGAGCACCAGGAGACCGAGCACCAGGAGGCCGAGCACCAGGAAGCCGAGUGCAACCAGCUGAGCGGAAGACCUGACAUUCAGUCAGUGUAG